CUGCGCAUGCCUAAAAAUUCAGCUGACCAAGAUAAUCGCGGUAGAGCAAUGGCUUCGCCGGUACCGGAUAGCGGGUAUGGUCUGUUCAGCAUCAAGUACCUGAGCUUAGCAAUUCUUGCCAUCCAGAAUGCCUCUCUUAUUCUCACUAUACGGUACAGUAGGACUAUACCAGGGGAGCUCUAUAUUGCUAGCACUGUGGUAGCUAUAACUGAGGUUGUUAAAGGCAUUGUCUCCCUUGUGGUAAUGCUUUGGGAGAAAAAGGACCCCAUAGAGUGGCUAAAGUAUGUCUACUCCUCUACAUUUGGCCAAACCAAGGACAUGAUGUUGAUGGCUGUACCAGCCCUUAUAUACACUGUACAAAAUAAUUUGCAGUAUGUCGCCAUAUCCAAUCUUGAUGCUGCUGUAUUCCAGGUGACAUAUCAGCUAAAGAUCUUGUCAACAGCAUUGAUGUCUGUUCUGAUGCUAAAGAAACACCUAAGCAAGAUGCAGUGGUUUUCUCUGAUGUUGCUGUUUGUUGGGGUCUCAAUAGUCCAGCUUCAAGACAACGGCAAUCAACUGAAAACUCACCACUCAAUUAAGCAGAACUCCCUUCUUGGUCUUGCGGCAGUGGUUGCUUCUUGUAUCUGCUCUGGAUUUGCAGGUGUUUACUUUGAGAAGACCUUAAAGGCAACACAGACACCACUAUGGGCCCGAAACCUACAGCUUGCCUUUUUUGGCGCAAUUAUCGCCCUGUUAGGUGUCGCCUAUAAUGAUGGGGCGGCCGUGAAACAAAAAGGCUUCUUCUUCGGCUAUGGGCCUCUAGUCUACGGCAUAGUAUUCUCCCAAGUAUUUGGCGGUCUUCUGGUUGGAAUUGUGGUGAAAUAUGCCGAUAAUAUCCUCAAAGGCUUUGCUGCUGCUGUGGCGAUUGUUCUCUCAUGUAUAAUGUCUGUGUACAUGUUCGGUUUUAAGCUGUCGGUAGAGUUCGUAUCAGGGGCAAGUCUUGUUAUUAUCGCUAUAGUGUUGUACAGUAAGGGGCAGGUCAGGGCCACUAAGGCACAAGCUAAUGUCUCGAACGGUGUCGAGAGUUCGGUAAAGUCGGAAAAGCAGUCAUAGCAAUCAGUACCCGGGGGAAUUUUGAGGUGUAGAACUGAAGAUUGUGUCAAAAUCGUCUGACCCUUCAAAAGGAGUUGUUAUGUGCAGUGCAAACUAAUUUAUUCGUUUUUACCUUGUAAAGAUCUACUAACCUCUUUGUAUAAGUAAUAACAGUAUCCUGUAUUAUUGUAAGUUCCAUAAUCUUCACAACUUGGACUUUAUGCGUUUUUGUCUGUUUGUGAUUUGAGAACAAUCCUUUUUUUUUCUUCAACGACGUCUUCAUUCCGUGUUCGAGGACCCAGCGCUGACUACUGGUUCCCCGAUGGUAUACUAGAUAUAUAUUUGGUAUAACUACAGAUAAGCUGUAUAAAAUCAAGGCAUAUGCAGAAAACAUAGCACUAGUUCUACGAGAAUGCUAAAUUGCAAAGCUAUUGUAUUUUUUAAAUGCAAUGGUUCAACAGGGGCGUAACGGACCUUGAAAUACCGGGGGGGGGGGGGGGGGCUCACGAUACAGAGACAUUAAAGACCCCGAGCCCCCCCCCCUCCCAGCUACAGGCGGUACGGCACUGUUCAUGUAGGCUCAUUCACACUACACUUGUUGAAAAAUUGUCGAAAAACUACUGUCUUUGCCAGUUCUACACCUGAAUAUUCUCCUGGACAUAGAACAGAACCCUAACAUAUUUGCGAUAAAUCUUUGUCAACAAAAGGUCGACAUUUUAUAAAUGCGAUAUUAUUAUACUUCUACAAAAGACCAUGACUUCUAUUAUAUAGCAAAGUAACAUCGAGGGAUUAUAUUUGCCAAAACUAAUAUUCCUAACAGAUGAAGAAGUCCUGUAUCUCAAAUUUUAAUCUUAUAAAAAAAUUUAUUUAA